AGUCUUUUCUUCCAAGAAUAUUUUCAUCCAAAGAGAAGACCAUAAGCCAAACCGACGAAGAUUCAUUCGAUUCUUCCGAAAUUACCAAGCUGACUCUUGCAGAUUGCAAAACUGCCUUUUCUCUUCAAUUCAAGAACGUGCUCAAUUUUCCAAAUGCCCCUCUGCUAGAUCCGUAAUUCAUGUUGGUUUUCCAAGGGAAUCAGUACCCAACAUUCGAAAAAUUUUCGGGCAAGUUUACAUAAUGAUUUGAUUAAGUCAAGAAUUUAAAAAUUGCAUUGAUUUUUAGUGGUGGAUAAGGUAUUUCAAUGAAAGAUAGAGACAGCCGAAUUUCUCUGUCAAAACAGACGGCACAAAACUACUCACCAAACUCAUACGGACUAUCUUUAUGAGAAAACGAAACUUGCAUUGUCCAAAUUACGAGAGAAAUCUAUGUCAAUGCUGCCAAGAUGGUCCCAAUAUCAAUUUAUUGCAGCCCUUUUCUUUUAGCUGAGACUUCAUAUUCAAGGAAACGAACUAAGAAAAAGACAACACAGGUAGAAAAAUAACUACCCAUUGUAAAUGAAAACAACAAAGGAGAAUAUUGCAGAUAGCUUUUUGAACUUAGGUAAUUCGGUAUCCAUUUAAGCUGUAACUUGGGAUGUAAGAAUGGUAUUUUAUUUGAGGAAUUAUGGAGUGUUGAGCCUCAGGAAAUGUGGAUUUUACUGAGGAUUCAAUUCCUUAUGUGUGGGCCUGUUGUCUGGUGAUCUAGGCCAUUGAGAUGUUGAGCCUGCAGUGAAUGGACCAUGCUCCCAAAAAUCUUCCACCUUUUAAGAUAGUAAAAAUCAGAUUGAUUGCCUAGAGAUGGACGGUUAAGAAAAAAAAUAUAGGACCAGUUUCAAUGGAAAAGAAAGAGCCAAAGAUUGGGUGGAUAGGGUCUUCCAAUCUUGAAGACUUUUUUGGAGAUGGGGGAUGACAGUGCAGCCCAUCAUAUCAACAGUUUCUAUUGCCUAACUGCGGAUCCCACACACAUGGUAUCUAAAGCCUGAGCAACUUCUGGAUUUGAUAACCCCACCCAAGAAACUUGGGGUGAAUUUGGAUGAAGUUUCUUCGUCUCUUUAUCCUCUUCCAAGCUUUCCCUCUUAUAUCUAGUAUUUCUUUCUUGCAAGAAAUAACAGUGGAAUUUGAGAGAACCCUGACUUUUUCAGCUACCCCACCAUCCUUCAGAAAAAGUUUAUCUGUUGCAGAAUCAGAGUCUACUUCAAGGCUUGGAAGUCUGAAUUUCAGUAACUUCCAGUCUCAGAUGUCGGACAUCUCAGACAGACGAGACUUCAGGAUAUUUGUGGCAACAUGGAAUGUAGGAGGGAAGCCACCAGACAACGAGCUGAAUCUUGAUGAUUUUCUUCGUGUAGACGAUCAAUCAGAUAUUUAUGUUUUAGGGUUUCAAGAAAUAGUCCCUUUGAAUGCGGGGAAUGUGCUGGUUAUAGAAGAUAAUGAGCCUGCAGCAAAAUGGCUAUCUCUAAUCAACCAGGCCCUUAACAAACCGCAAGGGGCAGACGCUGCUCCCAGCCCAAGCACCCCAUCAGAGUACUCCUUUGUCUCCCAAGCCUCCAGCACGAAGUCAUUGGUUUCUUUGAGAGACACGAAGAGCCCCAGUAGCUUACUGUUCUUUCAGAAGUCUUCUCUCAAAACAGUCAGCAAGAAUUUCAGGACAGAGCGUGGGAGGCGUCUCAGGACGUGCAACUGUCCUUCCGAUGUUGGGAAGAAGUACAAGGACUCUUGCUUCAGCUGCCAGCAGGCUUAUGGCAGGGAGGACUCCUCUUCGUCGGAGGAUGAAGAACUUUCAAAUAAUUUCUUGGUGUCAGAUAUAUCGGCUGCCUCUAGUACUAACCCGUCAGGUUAUAGCCUAAUAGCAAACAAGCAGAUGGUGGGGAUCUUUGUUUCUAUUUGGGUGAGGAAAGAGCUUGUUCAGCACAUUGGCCAUUUGAGGCUCUCUUGUGUGGGACGCGGGAUCAUGGGAUAUCUAGGAAACAAGGGGUGUAUAUCUGUGAGCAUGUCUUUGUAUCAAACAAGCUUCUGCUUUGUCUGCAGUCACUUGGCUUCAGGGGAGAAAGAAGGAGACGAGCUCCGGAGGAAUUCAGAUGUUGUAGAGAUACUAAAAAACACGCAGUUCCAGAAGAUCUGCAAGACGCCUGGUCGUAGGAUCCCUGAGAAAAUCCUUGAACAUGACCGGAUCAUAUGGUUAGGGGACUUGAACUACCGCAUUGCAUUGAGCUACUCAGAAACCAGGAAGCUUCUAGAGGAUAAUGACUGGGACGCCCUCCUUGAGAAGGAUCAGCUUAAAAUUGAAAGAGAAGCUGGGAGAGUAUUCAAGGGAUGGAAUGAAGGAAAGAUCUACUUUGCUCCAACAUACAAAUACUCUAACAACUCGGAUGCUUACGCUGGGGAGACUAUAUCAUCAAAGAAGAAGAGGAGAACUCCAGCAUGGUGUGACAGAAUACUAUGGCAUGGUAAUGGAAUAGAGCAAUUGUCUUACAUACGUGGGGAGUCAAGAUUUUCCGAUCACCGGCCGGUUUGUGCGGUUUUCGUUGUGGAUGUUGGAAUUGGCAGAUCAAAGAGAGGAUUGUCAAGCACCAACAUGAAAGUUGGAGUGGAGGAGCUCUUACCUCCAAGCAGUAGCUACAUGGCUUUAAAAAAUAUGUACUGAAACUGUAAAACCGACAAAUCGCAGACCUGACAGAAAGAAAAUACUGAAUUUUUUGUGAAUUAAAUUGACCCGUUAGCAGAGGAAGAGGCCUAUCUACCAUACCUGCAUAGAAAAAAUCUGUACAUCCGAAAUUCUCUCAUUGCCUCUGGCAAAGCAAGUUUAGCAAUGGGGCAUUUGAACAUUUUACUAACACAUCUCAGUGACUUCCAAAAACCAAAGCCAAAUGGUGAUCUUGUGACGAAGACUACUAUUUAAUUUAAUGAUUUUUUUAGCUGUUUCAGCUACAUAUUAAUGAAAGGCAGUGCGUAUGAUGAAAUCAUUCCA